CGGACCCAACUCAUUCGCUCCCAAACUCUCUCUCUCUCUCUCCCUCUCUCUCUCUCUCUCUCUCUCAGUCCCCUCUCUCUGCGUGCCGGCCGAUCAGCUCCGAAGCCCUGACUUGCCGGAGAUUUCGGUCAUUGGUUCUCAUUCUUGUAGAAGAAGAAGAAGAUAAAGAGGAACUUGCAAAUCCUUUCCUUGAAGAACUUGCGUUCUUCAAAUUGCUUAAAUAUGUGAAAAUUUUCAAACACACUGAAAAAAAUCCCAACUAAAAAAGCCUUUCAUUUCAGAGCUAAAUCAAUCGGAUCAAAACUUUAAAUUUCCACACAUUUUCACGAAUUCCAGCGAAUAAAAAAACUCAAAAUCGUUCUUCAAUGGCGGACUCCGACAACGAAUCUGGCGGCGGAGGGACCGGAAACUUGUCUGCGAACGAGAUGUCCCCGCGCGAGCAGGACCGGUUCUUGCCGAUCGCGAACGUGAGCCGGAUCAUGAAGAAGGCUCUGCCGGCGAACGCGAAGAUCUCCAAGGACGCCAAGGAGACCGUGCAGGAGUGCGUGUCGGAGUUCAUCAGCUUCGUCACCGGCGAGGCCUCCGACAAGUGCCAGAGGGAGAAGCGCAAGACCAUCAACGGCGAUGAUCUGCUCUGGGCCAUGACCACCUUAGGCUUCGAGGACUACGUGGAACCUCUCAAGGUGUACCUCCAGAGGUUUCGGGAGUCCGAGGGAGAGAAGACCAUGGUGGCGCGCGACAAGGACGGUCCCGGGGGCUCGUCGACGACGGGUUUGGGAAAUGGUGGUGGUGGGGUUUAUGGGAAUAGUAUGGUGCUUCAGGGAGGACACGUGUACGGAUCUGGUGGGUUUCAUCCGAUGGCUGUGAGUGGUCCUAGUGGUGUGGGGUUUGGUGGGUUGGGGAAGAGUGGGCCUGGGUAUGCUGGGCCCAGUUCCAACACGGGCAGGCCCAGAUAGUUGUCAAAUAUUAAUCAUAAAUUAAUGUGGGACCUCUAGACAGCAUCGUUAUUCAUGUUUUAAUUUAUAUUUUGUGGUGCCUGUUCAUAUUUUUGUGUUAAAUUCAAAUAUCAAAGAAUAUCACAAA